AUGGUCGACUCGGAGAAGAUCUUUUCCCUCGAGGGCAAGGGCCUGAAACUGACCACCGCUGAAGACGUCGAGCCCCAUAUCGCAGAGCUACGCGCCAACGAUGUCGAAGAGGUGCAUCUGCUAGGCAACAGCUUGGGUGUCGAGGCCUGCAAGGUCCUCGGUGAAGUCCUCGCAACCAAGAAAAACUUGAAGGUCGCCAACCUGGCCGACAUCUUUACCGCUCGUCUGCUCUCCGAAAUCCCCGACGCUCUCUCGCACCUGCUCACAUCGAUCUUGAACCUGCCGAACCUCCACACAAUCAACGUCAACGACAACGCCUUCGGCCUCAACACGCAAGCGCCCCUCGUCGCCUUCCUCGCCGCGCACUUGCCGCUGCAACACCUCUACCUCAACAACAACGGCCUCGGCCCGCACGCCGGCAUCCUGAUUGCCGACGCCCUAUCGGAGCUGCACGCCAAGAAAGAGGCGGCCCGCAAGGAGGGCAAAACGGUUCCGGACCUCGAGACCGUCAUCUGCGGCCGCAACCGUCUGGAGAAUGGCAGCAUGACAGCCUGGGCCAAGGCUUACAGCCUGCACAACAAAAUCAAGGUAAUCAAGAUGGUUCAAAACGGCAUCCGGCAAGAGGGUAUCAGCCAUCUCAUCGGCGAGGGACUCAGGCAUACCGCCGGCCUGCAGGUCCUCGACCUCCAGGAUAAUACAUUUACGCUUCGGGGCUCCAAAACCUUGGCCGCCGUCGCCCCUCGCUGGGCAUCGCUGCGCGAGCUCGCCGUCGGCGACUGCCUACUCGGCGGCAAGGGCAGCGUACUGGUGGCCGGUGCUCUUGCCCAGGGCAAGAACGGCAAGCUGGAGACGCUCCGUCUGCAGUUCAACGACAUGACGCCCGCCGGCGUCAAGGGCUUCGCCGACGCCGCCAAGAACUUGCCUGCCCUGAAGCGCAUCGAGCUCAACGGCAACAAGUUUGAGGAGGAGGACGAGAGCAUCGCGGCUCUGCAAGAGCUGCUUGACGAGCGCAAGGAGGCUGUCGGCGGUCAGGUCGCCGCCGACGAGUGGGGCCUUGACGAGCUCGACGAGCUCGAGGGCAUUGAUAGCGACGAGGAAGAAGAGGAAGAGGACGAGGACGAGGAUGACGUCUCGCCCGAGGAGCGUGCCGAUAAGCUUAUCCGGGAGGCCGAGGAGGCGCAGGAAGAGCCUACAGUGCUACUGGAAGACAAGAACGUCGACGAGCUUGCUAAGAAGCUAGAGAAGACGGGCAUCUGA